GCCUCUUGGGGCAUAUUUGACAAACAGAAAACUCUUCGACAGGCCCUGUCGGAGAGCCUCGUCGCCUGUGAGUCUGCCUUCUUUCGCGUUUGGCGUGACUACGAGACCGUGCAGGCUGCUGACCAGUACUGUCUUGAUGACCGACAACUCCUGCGUGACUGGAGAAGCGUUCUUGACGCUGCCAGACAGCCACGUGGAUCGCUCGAGCAGAUUCACAUCUUUGUCCUCUGCCACAUACUUCGGCGUCCCGUGAUCGUGUACGGAGUAAAGUACAUAAAUAACUACCGCGACGAGCCAAUCGGAAUCUCGAACUUUCAAGGUCAGUUUCGCGCAUGA